CUUCGCGAAGUAUGCUUCCCUGUGCGUGUUGUUGGAAAAGAGAGAGAGAGAGAGAGAGAGAGAGAGAGAGAGAGAGAGAGAGAGAGAGAGAGAGAGAGAGAGGAAAAAAAAAAAAAAAAACUAAAAACCAACACAAAAACAAAGAAAUUCGGAGUAAGAACAGAGGGAGUAAGAACAGAGGGAGUAAGAACAGAGGAAGUAACAACAGAGGGAGUAAGAACAGCGGGAGGAAGAACAGAGGGAGGAAGAACAGAGGGAGAAAGAGAGGAGGGAGGAAGAACAAAGGGAGGACGAACAGAGGGAGUAAGAACAGAGGGAGUAAGAACAGAGGGAGUAAGAACAGAGGGAGGAAGAACAGAGGGAGGAAGAACAGAGGGAGGAAAAACAGAGGGAGGAAGAGCGGAGGGCGGAAGAACAGGGGGAGUAAGAACAGAGGGACCAUAGCAGCAGCAGCAGAAGCAGCAGCAGCACCAGAAGGAGCAGCAGACUCAGCAGCAGCAGCACCAGCAGCAGUAGCAGCAGCAGCAGCAGCAGCUGAAGGAGCAGCAGCAGCAGUGGCAGCAGCAGCAGCGUCCGCAGCAGCAACAGCAACAGCAGCAGAAGGAGCAGCAGCAGCAGCAGCAGCAGCAGCAGCAGCAGCAGCAGUAUCUACAGCCAUCCCCAUCCUCUCCUCCCCUUUGAGCCGCCGCGGGUCCACCCGCCGCCGCUCCCUCCCGGCCACCGCGGGUCCACCCGCC